AUAAAUACAGAGAAAAUGGAGUGGGAAAAUCAAGAACCACAACAAGCAGAAGAGUAUUUGCAAUACCAAACCCAUAAUGGGGUUUGCGGUAAAGUGAUGACUGAUGAACAGGUAGAGGAAUUGAGGAAACAGAUCGUUGCCUAUGCUUCGAUUUCUGAGCAACUCGCUGAGUUGCACAAAUCCAUGUCUCCCCACCACGAUUUCACUGGAAUUAGAUUGGGGAAUCUGUACUGUGAUCCAGUAUCAGCCUCCAUUUGCCAGAAGAUCACCGCAAGGCAACGGUGGACACCAACGGCAGUGCAGCUUCAGAUUCUGGAGAAUAUGUACGAGCAAGGGACCGGGACUCCAAGCAAGCAGAAAAUCAAGGAGAUAGCAUCGGAACUUGCCCAGCACGGUCAGAUUUCGGAGACGAAUGUGUAUAAUUGGUUUCAGAAUCGCCGUGCUCGCUCGAAGAGAAAGUUGCAGGCGCCAACGGGUUCCGGAGAAGCGGUGGCGAGUCCGGAAGAUUCCGGUACGAAAGAUAAGAGGACGAAACCAGUGAGUUCGGGCUUCGUUGAUAACAUUGCAACCGGGGCUGAAAGCUUCUAUUUCCAGAAUUUCGAUGCAGCGAUUGAUCGGUUGAUUGGGAAACUUGAAUCGUCACGAAGCUUUGAUUCGUCCUCUAAUCUAGCCGAACAGUUUGGCUUGCCCGGAUGA